AUGUAAACACAUCACUUACUUGCUACUCUAAGAAUUGAAAAACCAACCUAAAAACCACAAUUCUUGAAAAUCCUCCAGGAUCACAACAUCGUCAAUUGCAACAACGAACAAAUCGAAUUGGCUUGGCAACAUUGUCAAUUUAAAGAAUACAAAUAAGUUAUAGAUGUUUUGCAAUAACAAAGAAUGAGGAGCAUUUCCUUGAAUUCCCAGAAAAUUUAAACCAAAUUACAACCCCUCGUAUCGAUCUUCGAUAAAAUGGAUAAUAUAAGGAAAAGAGAUGGCGAUGAAAAAGAUAUUAAUAAAUAAUUGAGUGCCUUGAAAUUCGAAGCCGAACGGAAACUAAAAGAUUUCAUCAAUGAAUCCUGUUUGGACCGCAGCUUCACUCAGGUCUUACAAGAAAAGAUAGUUGAAUUUCAGGGAGAAAGAAAUAAAUUAAAUGAAGAAUAAGGCAAAGAAGGUAGUUAAAAAGCAUAACAAAGAUUGAUCGAUCGACAAAAGCUUAAAUCUGCAAAAUUGCACCAAUAAAUUUAGUUCGUCCUGCAUAAUGAUGACAACAAAGUGAGGGCAUAGGCAAUCUAUACAAAUCAACAUUGA